AUGAGCGCCGCUGUAGCCGAAGGGGAAGCGGGGACAGAUGUCGACGUGGAGGCGGAGGCGGAGGCGGCAGGCGGGGCCGGCCGGGACGUUGGCAGCGGCGCCGUCCCGCGUGCCAAAGUGGCCAAUUUAAACUCAGAUGACCCCCUGGAGCGCAUCGCCGCCCGCCGCGCUCGCAUCGCUGUCCGCCUGGAGGCGAAACGACGGGAAGCUCUUGGGGAAGAUCCAGAUGCAAAAAAAUUUGUAGAAGAGGAACAGAGCAGGAGUCACAAGCAAAUAGAGGACAGUAGACAGAGAUUGACCAAAUUGUUGCUUGAUGGCACACAGCUAGUAACAAACAUCCAGGUGGCAGCUGAUUCUCGGGAAGCACACAGGAGAUCAGAGGAAGAAGAGCUGACUCGGCAAAGGGUUGAGAAACUGGAAAAUGAAGCCAAGGCCAACUUGGAUAAGUUUGAUGAGAUCACGGCCAAGUGGGCCAAGGCCAAGCAGAAGACCAUCCCCCAGGAUCUCUGGGAGGCUCUUAAUCUACAGCAGCAGCACUGUGCAUUGCUGAUUGAAGAGAAGAACAAGGUCAUUAGUGAGUUACAACAGGAAUUGAAGAGUAAAGAUGAUCAGUAUGUGAAGGAUCUUAGGAAACAGAAUGAAGACAUUAAUUUGCUGCUGGAGCGAAUGGAAGAACAGAUCCGAAAUCUCGUUAAAAACUACCGUCGAGAACUUUUGCAGAUAGAGAAAGCCUUUGAAUUGGAGCGUCGUGAACUUCUCGCAAGCAACAAAAAGAAAUGGGAGCAAGCCAUGCAAGCUCUCAAUCGACAAGAGUUGGAUUUUAUGAUGGCUCGCUUAAAGAAGGUGGAGGAGUAUGAACAAGAGCUGAACCAACUGCGAGUGCAAGAUGCUGAGGAGUACAAUGUUAUAAAGAUCAAAUUGGAGCAUGAUGUGCAGAUCCUGGAGCAGCAACUCCAGCAAAUGAAAGCCAUCUACCAACUAAACCAAGAGAAGCUGGAAUACAAUUUCCAAGUGCUGAAGAAAAGGGAUGAUGAGAACACCAUAAUCAAAUCCCAACAGAAGCGGAAGCUCAAUAGGCUGCACGAUGUGCUCAAUAACCAGCGCCUGAAAUUAGCCAAGCAGAUCAAGCAGUAUCGUGAGGAGAACUUGACACUGACAGCUGACUAUAAGCGGAUUGUGGAGCAGUACAAGGACUUGCAGAGAACAAUGAGACAUUUUGCCAUUGUGGAUGCUGAACAUUUCCUGGAUGUGUGGCUGAUGAAUGAAGAAGAGGCCAAGGCGCUGAUUCGCAAAGCCUUUGAUGCUGACCGUAUCAUCCAUACUCAGCAGUUGGGGUUGCCCUGGACUGAACCUGAUGGCUGGUUCCUGCACAAUGUGGGACCUAUCAUGCCUACUAAGAAGAUGAAAUCAGCCAAUGAACUGGCCCGUGAGGUGAUCACACCUGAUACAAGUCAAUCACUUCAGCAACUCUUCCCCCCAUCCGAGGGCAGACCACCAGAAGAGAAUGAAGCGGUCCCAGAAGAGGAGCAUAAAGAGGGUGUGGAACCUGAACCAGAAUCAAAGAAACGUUGGUCUGUUUCAAGAAAGACCGUCAAGCACAUUCUGGAGCUCCUAUGUGAUGAGUCGGGCUUUUUGAUUGAGAGCAAGCUUCGAGGUCUCCUGCAACCUCUAGAGAGGCCUGAUCGCAUUCUCAUGAAGCUGGACUCCAUCUUCACCGCCCUGUCCAUUGACAGUGAAGAUGAUGUGUAUCAAAUGGUGGAGUUUUUCAUGAAUUUCAAGGCUCGGAAGAUGGCUGGUUCACAGGACUUGGAAGCUGUAGUGGCAGAUAGAGUUAUCAAAGAAGUAUCUAGAGAUGCAGAGAGUCUAGGAGAGGAGGAGGUUUCUGCAGAACCACAAGAGGAGGACAAAGGCUCCACAGUUACAGCAGUGCCCCUUUCUGCACUUUAUAUACAUCCUGAUGACAUUUUGAAGGCUCUCAAGGCAUUUGUGCAGGAAUUCCAGAUACCAAGGGACCAAUGGCCACAGAUAAAGAAAACACACGAAGAGCGGGACAACUCUAAAGAUUCAGAAUAUUGGGAUGCAUUGGCUCAUGUUAUCCCAGAUGGAAAACUGAAGCUGUGGGAUGCUCUGAUUGUAGCCUUGCAAAAAUACUAUCAUUUUCUGACUCUGAGGGCAAAGCUGAUUGAAGAGACUGAUGGGCUGACUCAGCAGAAUGAAGAACUUCAGAUACUGCUACAGCAAUAUUUACAAUCCCCAGCCAAUGCUGCGUUGCUCAUCCCACCUACCCACCUGCUGCAUCUACAGAUGAAUAACCCAUGAUAAUCUUCCGUGCAAGAGGUGUGGGUUGGUUAUUUCCCCAGUAUUCUUAUUACUUGCCUGGAUCAUUACAACUAGUCAGAUAAACUCCACUUAUGUCCCCAAGAGGCAAGAGUGGGCAUAAACAAUUUCAACAUGUAAGCCCCUCAGUUGUUUUGAGGUGCUUGUUUGAAAACACAUAGGUUAGUUGUCCCUGAGUUAAACUGAGACACACAGCUGUUUUCUAGCAUGAUGGCAGCACUGAUGUAUAUAGAGAGUAAUUAAAACUAAGUUACAACAAAAACUAAGGCAUAUUAAAUCCACUUUGCAAAUAUUCUGCUAAGUGCCCAAACCACAACUCAAUGUGAUUUGACAAAGCCCAUAUUGACAUAUUUCAGAAAAGAGGAAAACGUUAUCCUUCAUAAAAUUUUAAGACUAUAUAAACAAGAUGUCGUUUUGACUCUAAACACAUA